CCAUCAUCUGCAGGGAGGGAAAAGCACCAACACCGCCCCCCCCGCACACACACCGGCGCUGACAGCGAGCGGAAGGCACAACGGCAGCUGCAGUCGUCUUCACUCGGACACACAAAGGACUAGAACCCGCAACCAUGGAGGAGAACAUGGACGAAUCCCAGAGCCAGAAAGGCUGUAAGGAGUGCUGCGAGCGAUGCGUGGGCAGCCUUCCCUGGGCGUCUCUCAUCGCCACCAUCCUCCUCUACAUGGGCGUGGCCUUGUUCUGUGGGUGUGGCCACGAAGCCCUGAGCGGCACCGUCAACAUCCUCCAGAGCUACUUCGACAUGGUCCCGGCCGCCGGCGACGCUCUGGACGUCUUCACCAUCAUCAACAUCCUGAAGUACAUCAUUUAUGGAUUGGCCGCCGGCUUCUUCGUGUUCGGCGUGCUGCUGCUGGUGGAAGGCUUCUUCACCACCGGCGCCAUCCGGGAUCUGUACGGCGAGUUCAAGAUCACGGCCUGCGGACGCUGCCUGACUGCAUUCCUGAUGUUCCUGGCCUACCUGUUCUUCCUGGUGUGGCUGGGCGUGACGGCCUUCACCAGCCUGCCGGUCUUCAUGUACUUCAACGUCUGGUCCAUGUGUCAGAACACCAGCCUGGUGGACAAAGCCAACCUCUGCCUGGACCUGCGUCAGUUCGGGGCGGUGACCGUCUCUGAGGAGAGGACGCUGUGCACAGCGUCCGAGAGGUUUGUCAAGAUGUGCGAAUCCAACGAGCUCGACUUGACCUUCCACCUGUUCGUGUGCGCCCUGGCGGGGGCGGGGGCCGCAGUCAUCGCCAUGGUCCACUUCCUGAUGGCUCUGGCCGCCAACUGGGGCUACCUGAAGGACGCCAGCCGGCUGCAGAAGUACGAGGACAUCAAGUCCAAAGAGGAGCAGGAGCUGCAUGACAUCCACUCCACGCGCUCCAAAGAACGCCUGAAUGCCUACACAUAGACACGCUGCCGCCGGGAGACACACACUUACCUGUCACACACACGCAGACACACGCAGACACACACGCAGACACACGCAGACACACACGCAGACACACGCAGACACGAGGAGGCAGAAGGUCGAUGAUGAAGCAGACACCUCCAUCAUCCUGGUGUCUGCAGCUGACUCUGGGCUCCUGCUGCACCCCCACCAAGACCCAGCUCCCCAAAACACCACGACGAUUUGAGGACCAAACCGGUGAAGCCAAAAACCAGGAACCCAAAGAAAAGUCCUAUUUUUAUACCCCACAGCGCCCCCUGGUGGUGCCCAGCGGGAUGACCUGCAGCCAGCAGACGGAGGAUGAGGGGGUGUCUGUGAGGUCAUCAUCUGAUGUGAGGGGGUCACACACAUGCACCCACACAUGCACACACAUGCACACUCACAUGCACACACACAUGCACACACGUCGAUGUGACUGAAUGGUUGGUGUCGUGCAGGCGGUGUUGUUCGGUGGUGUCAUGCUGUUUCGUGUCGUUUCAACACUUUGAUGGCUGCUGUUGCAGACAAAUUCGGUCCCUGAGGAAAUGUGCCCCCCCUACCCCACCCCGUAACAGCGGGGGGCUUUUCCAGCCCCCCACCCCCCGGCGCACCCCCACCACAGAUUGUAUAAACGUGACUGGUUCUCAGAGCAGCACAUCUUAGCAGCACAAAGUCUCAUCCGUCCGUUCACGUUCCAGGUACUUUGACCACAUUUUGACUCAUUUCUGUGUCGUUUUCUCACCGAGGGGCGUUCGAAGGGGCGGGGCGGGCGUUCCACGCGUCACGUGACCAAUCAGCGGUCCCACACACAUCUGAGAACUUCUUUUGUUUUCAUCUAAACUGAAAGCGACCAAAAGUUUCGAAAGAGGAAAGAAACGGAGAGAAAGGCAGCGAGAUGUUGGAAAGAGGCCGGUCGGAACCGGUCAGAACCGGUCGGAACCGGUCAGAACCGGUCGGAACCACCAAGGUUCUGCGGUCCGAGAAUAGAAGGGCGCUGAGCUGAAGGUGGUCAAAGGCUCCAGGGCAGCGCAGGUUCUUCUGGGUUGGAUCCCUUUGGACCAUUAGCUGGCUUCAGAACCAGAAGGUUCUCAGAUAGUGAGGUCAGCGAAUCAGAACGUCAGGGUCCGUCCAGAUGAUCCGGGCUUUGGUUCGGGAGAGACGUCAGUUUGAAGAGAAGAGACUACCAGCACACACACACACACACACACACACUCCAGCACCACCGUCACUCUGAGCCAUAAUUCUUUGAUCUUUUUCUUUACACCGAUGACAUCUCACUAUUUUAUUAUCAACUUUUAAUCUUUGAGACUUUUUAAAUGUGAAAUUAUUUAUUUAGAGAAAAAAAUGUGUUUUUUGUCUUUCCUGUGGGCAGUUCUACUCACUGCACCUGCAUCAGCUCUGUAUAAAGAUAUACAUAUAUGUGAACAGGUGAGGCGGCAGCCGGGAGGAGUCUGCAGGGGGCGGGGCCAACACGUCCGCAGAGCUACGUUCAAACACGAAAAAAAAACAAUCUGACAGUCAAAGGUAAAUUUGAUUUCUGAAGUAAACAGAUCAGGUUACGUUUCUCUAAAUGCAAAGAAAUCUGCAGCAAAAACUCCGGAUCAAUGAGCACUCCGGAUCAAUAAACACUCGGGUUCAAUAAACGUCUCCAGAUCAAUAAACACUUGGGAUCAAUAAACGUCUCCAGAUCAAUAAACGUCUCCAGAUCAAUAAACGUCUCCAGAUCAAUAAACACUCCGGAUCAAUAAACGUCUCCGGAUCAAUAAACGGGAUCAAUAAACGUCUCCAGAUCAAUAAACACUCGGGAUCAAUAAACGUCUCCAGAUCAAUAAACGUCUCCGGAUCAAUAAACACUCGGGAUCAAUAAACACUCGGGAUCAAUGAACACUCCGGAUCAAUAAACACUCGGGAUCUAUAAACGUCUCCAGAUCAAUAAACGUCUCCAGAUCAAUAAACGUCUCCGGAUCACACCAACGCUGGACUCCUGAAUAACAGUGACGUGUUUACUCUUCUUCACGGUUUAUCCAAAACCUCCACCGGGACGGUUUAGCAUUACUGUUCCACUAGGGGGCGACGUUGGCGUCCCACGGGAUGCAGGAGAUCCUGAAAAGAGGCGGGGUUUCCAUUCUACUAACAUGCAGGAAAUCCCAGUGUCUUACAGGGGCGGGGUCAAGGCGUGAUGGAUAAUAAUAAAAAAAUCUUCAGAAUAUUAAAGACAAGAGAGAAAAGUUUCAGGACAAUCUGUCAAGCCGAGUGUCUUCGCUGCGUUUAGUAGUUUUCUUGGAAGUUUCUAGAACAGAGGGAGGUUGGGCGGCGUGAGUUUGGGCGGCGUUAGGAUGGGCGGCGUUAGGAUGGGCGGCGUUAGGAUGGGCGGCGUUAGGAUGGGCGGCGUUAGGAUGGGCGGUGUUAGGAUGGGCGGUGUUAGGAUGGGCGGCGUUAGGUCGUGCGGCGUUAGGUCGUGCGGCGUGAGGUUGGGCGGCGUUAGGUUUUGCGGCGUAAGUUGCGUGUUGUAACAUUGUGCAGCGUAGGUCGUGCGGCGUGACCGCCACCGUCUCCUGCAGACUCGUGUUGCGUUCAGGGGCGUCUCGGCUGCUCACCGUCAGUAUUUUUAAGGGUCUAGUUUUACAGUAACAGUAUUCUAUCAUUUCAUUGCCUGACAUGGAUGUCUUGUCAGUGUUUUUAACCUCAGAUAAAAGAAAAAAAUAGUUUUUUGUGCACUUAUUGACCAUUGUGAGCGCUCUCUCUUAUUCUUGGUGUGUAAGUGCAUUGAGCCCCGCCCCCCCGGGGGGGCUUGUGUAUAGUCUCGCAGCAUUGGUUAUAACCUGAGAAUCAUGAAAAGUUCCUAAUAAUGAAUCUACAUACAGAACCGUGAAUCUAGUUGUUGUUUGUGGCAUGGUUAUGCAUUCAAUGGUCAUCAUCUUAAAGAGGAAAACCAGACAAAAAAAACCCCCAACGCUGUUCUGCUGUCCUGCCCCCCCAAUGUGCAGUGUCCCGACGCUAACGCUCAGCUCUGCUCGCUCAGUCGACCCGAGCUCCGCGUGAAGCUGGACCCCCCCCAUUUUAAAUGCAUGAGUUUCUGACUGCAAGUCGACGUGAUUCUGUGACCUUCACUCUCAGGGAGCGGCCUGCGGAGGUGGUUUCAUGUACUGCUCUGGCCGACCUUUGACCCGCUCCCAAGUCCCCCCCCCCAGGCUCUGCUGAGGCUUCCUGUCGCCUAGCAACCGUCUGAGUGCGGCGGCGAAGGUGACCCUGAGGUCACUGCAGUCCUGAGACCCUCAGCUCCGGAUCCUCUAUGCGGGCCGGGGCGUGAGCGGCUCGCCUCCCGUUUGUCUGACCCUCCCCCCCCACGUCUCCUGUGAGGUUCAUGUCGACCCCCCCCGUCCCCUCUGUCUCCCGCUGACCACGGCUGAACCAUUCCAGGAACCCGACCCGCUUCGGGAUCCAAACCUGAUCGUGUCAGCACGAACCCCCCAACACCUGUUAGGGGGGCGGGGCUGCUGCUCUGCGGCCCCGCCCCCUUUACCUCCCGAAGCGCGGAUCCUGGCGCUGAGGCCCACUGCUUCAGAACCAGGCGCCGGGUCAGGCCGACACUCGGGACGUCAGAACCUUUUCCCGCCCUCAUAGUGUUCUAGUUUUGUCCACUCGUGCUUCGUAGCGGCGCUGUCUGACCCCUCCCCCAUCUCUGUACAUAUCUGUGCCAACAGCUCGGGCAGACAGUGGCUUUUUUAUUUGUAAAGACAUAAACUUGCUUGCAAAUAUAAAUAAAAUGAAAUAAAACACUUGUGUACUUGUUCAUACGGGAA